AAGUCUGAUGAGCGGUAGAUCCGUCACAUUUAUUAAUUCUGAAUCUUCCGCCGUUUCUCUGAAAAAAGAAAUUAAAUUUCUUCCCGUCUCCUUCAUUUUUUUCUAUCUCUGUCUCUCUCUAGGGUUCUGUUUGCUUUACUUCCAAAUCAAUGGCAGAGCUUCACUGAAAAUUCGGGGGAAGUGAUUGCUCCUCUGAUCCGAUGCAGAACAUUGAAUCCUGAAAGCAUUGGUGACAAUGAUGUUGAGGUUUAGGGCUACUGGUUUCAUGCAAUGAUAUGAUUCUGACAGCAAUCAUCUGCUUCUAUUUAUCUGAGAAAGUGCAUUUUUUGAAUGUAAUGUAGGUAGAUGGGAUGAAAGAUAUUGAUUGUAAGUUUGCAGUUCAGACUAAUGGCUGUUGCUGGUUUGCAUAAUGUUUCUGUCCCUGAUACUUCUUUCCUAAGGGGAUCUCAAUCUCCAGCUGCAGGACAGCAGGGAAAUGAAGGGCGGGUGGGUAGCCGGUCAUCCUCUCUGCUGCAAAUGUGGAGGGAGAUUGAGGAUGAACAUGUAGUGAGUCAUGGCCAAGAAAGAGUUGGUGAGAGAAUUUUCCAACAAAGAAAUGAUGAUCUUUCCAGGUCAGAUAUGUCCGAUGGUCAUAGUAGCGAAAACAGUGGUAUUCCAGAGGAUGUGAGUGUCAGUGAGAGUGAUUAUGGACUGUGGUCUCCAAGUCCAGUUGGGCAUCAGAAUGAACCGGAGGAUCCAAUCAAUUUUAAUUGUGACCAUUCAUCUGAUCUGGGGCAAGAUGAAAGGGUAAGGGUGAGACAAAUUUUUCGGGAAUGGAUGAACAGUGGUGUGAGAGAGCAAAGAUCUAAUGUUUCCUCUGUGAACAAUGGCUCAAGGGCAGAAUGGCUCGGUGAAACUGAACAGGAGAGGGUUAGAAUCAUAAGGGAGUGGGUGCAAAUGAAUAGUCGUCAGCGAGGUGCAUGUCCUGAUCAUAUAGAUGAACAAGGGGCUGAAGCUGGAGGUCAAAUUGAACGAGUUCUUGACGGAUUGGCUGCUAACCUGAAUGAAGGUCGAAAUGAGCAUAUCCGUAGCCGUAGGGGCAUUCGUAGAUUAUGUGGCAGACAAGCCCUGCUCGAUAUGCUGAAGAAAUUUGAAAGAGAGAGGAAAAGAGAGCUCCAAGGUUUAUUGGAGCAUCGUGCUGUAUCUCAAUUCGCUCAUCACAACCGCAUUCAGUCAUUGCUGAGAGGCAGGUUCUUGCGAAAUGACAGUGGGAGGGCUACUACCUCCAUGGCAGCAAACGAAUUAGGUUUGUUGAGGCAAAGGCAUACAGUGUCUGAUCUGAGGGAUGGAUUUCUAUCUAGGUUGGACCAGUCUUUUGAUCAAGCGAGUUGCAACCUCUCUGAUACUUCAUCUAACAUUGACGUUUAUGGCAAUAGAAACGAACAGAACAACGAAAUUAAUUCACUGGAACUCGCGGAUGAACUUCAUGGACAAUUUGAUUCCAAUAAUGAGGAAACUGAGAACCAUGGGUUAUCUAAUGGUAGAACUAACAUUGAAGGCAACAUUCUCGAAGAAAAAAGUUCACAGGAAGCUACUAGUUGCUUGGAGUUGUCUGAACAAGUUUCAGAGAGUGAUGUUAGAAACAUGCAACAAUCGGCCUCUGUUUUGGGUUUGGAACGGGGUGAUGUUAAUGAGCAAGAAGAAAGAAACUGGCAGGAAUGUCCUAAUAGCGAAUCAUCCCCAGAAAGUUUCAGAAAUGAAGGAGACCUCGAGCAACCCAGCGAAGUAGUCUCUUAUCGAUCUCACCAAAAUAGGGAGGAUUAUUCUGGCUCAAUUUUAUCAGAUCAUUCGGACAGUGUGGAAAGCAACAAUAAUGAAGAUUCAAAUCAGCUUGAAUCUUCUGCCUUAGUAGAGCAUGAUCAAUUUUUGGAAACUGUUGUAGGAAACAUAUUUGGAUCUAAUGAACCCAGAGGUGGUACUGGGGAUAAUGUGGAUGGACAGCAGCAGGAAACCACCAAUGGAUUGUCCCAAUUUUUUUUGGGAAAUGAAGACACGGAACACGAUCGUAUGCAGCAAGCAUCUGAAGUGUGGCGUGUGGAUGGUGAAUAUCAAGAGGCCAUGCAGAAUUGGUCUGAUGAGACUGUCCCAAAUGGAGGAGUUGACACGUCUUAUCUACCUGAUGAUGGUAAUGUUUACAGUGCAGAAAUCCGGGAACUACUAACUAGGAGAAGCGUAUCUACACUUCUUCGUAGUGGAUUCCGUGAGAGUCUUGACCAAUUAAUACAAUCAUAUGUUGAAAGGCAAAGCCAUGCUCCUUUCGAAUGGGAAGUAACUUCUACUGCUGCCUCAUCAGCUGAACAAGAUCUGGAGCGGCAGAUGGGAGAUCAGAAUGAAGGCAGGGGUGAUGCUGUUGGGAGCCCUCCCACUCCACCCCCUCUACCUCCCCCACAUGUAUCUCCUGUUCACCAGAUCUGGGUCGAGGAGCAGCAGGACUAUAGUUGGCCACAGCAUGACGUGCACCAUCGUUUGGGAAUUGAGUGGGACAUCGUUAAUGACUUCAGGUUUGACAUGGCUAGGCUACAGCAGAGGAUGAAUAACAUGCAGAGGAUGCUUGAAUCUUGCAUGGAUAUGCAACUUGAGUUGCAGCGAUCAAUUAGACAGGAAGUUUCUGCUGCCCUGAAUCGAUCAUCUGGUUCUACACGGAUCUGUGAAAAUGGCUUGCCAGAGGAUGGAUCUAAAUGGGAUCAUGUGAGGAAAGGGAUUUGCUGCAUAUGUUCUGAUAGCAAGAUUGAUUCUUUACUGUACAGAUGUGGGCACAUGUGCACAUGUUCAAAAUGUGCCAAUGAGUUGGUCCAAUGUGUGGGGAAGUGUCCAAUGUGUGAGGCACCGGUGGUUGAGGUAAUCCGUGCUUAUUGCAUCUUGUAAUCCAAUGGUCGGUGGAAGAGAGAAAGAAAUAGGGAAAAAUGGUGGAUUAUGAUUUAGAAUUCCUGUGGAUGCCUGUCCAUCCCACCAGGUAGUCUAUUUUCCUAUAUAUAUGUGGGAUAUUAACCAGACGACUUAUUUAUUCUUUUUCCUUGCGAGAAUAAUGAACAUUGUAACUAAUCUUUUUUUCUUUUCGAAAGAAAAAAAGUACGUACAUAUCUAAUUAUCUACAAUGUCUUUCA